AUUCCACAAGAUUUUUUGAACAUGUACUCCCAGCCAGGCACUGUGGGCUUCUAACUUCGUCUUAGCCCAGGUAGGCUGGGGAGAAUCCGGCCGGGGGCGGGGGGGACCAGUCUCCUCUCCCGGGCCGAAGAGUUACUAUCCGCAUCCCUCCAGGGCGCCCAUCCCCGAGCCUGUUCUCCCAGGUCCCCACCCAGUUGAUGUGACAAGCUCGUGGUCCAAUCCCCUUCCUGGUUCCCAGGCCGACUGCUAGCACCACCCGAGCCAAUGGCAGCGGCCGAGGGGCGGAGGGGGCUGGCAGGGGGAGGGCUCGCUAGCUGUAGAACCAGAGCCGCAAAGAUUCCGAGGGGCAGAAGUUGUGUGAGUGCGUUGGUCUGAGGGCAGUGGGGCCGGACCUGGACUCUGCGACUUUACAUCUUCCUUAAAUGGAUGAGAUGGCUGCCACUCAGAUUUCCAAAGAUGAGCUUGAUGAACUCAAAGAGGCCUUUGCGAAAGUUGAUCUCAACAGCAAUGGAUUCAUUUGUGACUAUGAACUUCAUGAACUUUUCAAGGAGGCUAAUAUGCCAUUACCAGGAUAUAAAGUGAGAGAAAUUAUUCAAAAACUCAUGCUGGAUGGUGACCGGAAUAAAGAUGGGAAGAUAAGUUUUGACGAAUUUGUUUAUAUUUUCCAAGAGGUAAAAAGCAGUGAUAUUGCCAAAACCUUCCGUAAAGCGAUCAACAGGAAGGAAGGGAUUUGUGCUCUGGGAGGAACUUCAGAGUUGUCCAGUGAAGGAACACAGCAUUCUUAUUCAGAGGAAGAAAAAUAUGCUUUCGUUAACUGGAUAAACAAAGCUUUGGAAAAUGAUCCUGAUUGUAGGCAUGUUAUACCAAUGAACCCAAAUACCGAUGAUCUGUUCAAAGCUGUUGGUGAUGGAAUUGUUCUCUGUAAAAUGAUUAACCUUUCCGUUCCUGAUACAAUUGAUGAAAGAGCAAUCAACAAGAAGAAACUCACACCUUUUAUCAUUCAGGAAAACUUGAACUUGGCACUGAACUCUGCUUCUGCCAUUGGGUGUCACGUUGUGAACAUUGGUGCAGAGGAUUUGCGGGCUGGGAAGCCUCAUCUGGUUUUGGGACUGCUUUGGCAGAUCAUUAAGAUCGGUUUGUUUGCUGAUAUUGAAUUAAGCAGGAAUGAAGCCUUGGCUGCUUUACUUCGAGAUGGUGAGACUUUGGAGGAGCUUAUGAAAUUGUCUCCGGAAGAGCUUCUGCUUCGAUGGGCAAACUUUCAUUUGGAAAACUCAGGCUGGCAAAAAAUCAACAACUUCAGUGCUGACAUCAAGGAUUCCAAAGCCUAUUUCCAUCUUCUCAAUCAAAUUGCACCAAAAGGACAAAAAGAAGGUGAACCACGGAUAGAUAUUAACAUGUCAGGUUUCAACGAAACAGAUGAUUUGAAGAGAGCUGAGAGUAUGCUUCAGCAAGCAGACAAAUUAGGUUGCAGACAGUUUGUUACCCCUGCUGAUGUUGUCAGUGGAAAUCCCAAACUGAACUUGGCCUUUGUGGCUAACCUGUUUAAUAAAUACCCAGCACUAACUAAGCCAGAGAACCAGGAUAUUGACUGGACUCUAUUAGAAGGUGAAACUCGUGAAGAAAGAACCUUCCGUAACUGGAUGAACUCUCUCGGUGUUAAUCCCCAUGUAAACCAUCUCUAUGCUGACCUGCAAGAUGCCCUGGUAAUCUUACAGUUGUAUGAACGAAUUAAAGUUCCUGUUGACUGGAGUAAAGUUAAUAAACCUCCAUACCCGAAACUUGGAGCCAACAUGAAAAAGCUAGAAAACUGCAACUAUGCUGUUGAAUUAGGGAAACAUCCUGCCAAAUUCUCACUGGUUGGCAUUGGAGGGCAAGAUUUGAAUGAUGGAAACCAAACCCUGACUUUAGCUUUAGUUUGGCAGCUGAUGCGAAGAUAUACCCUAAAUGUCCUGGAAGAUCUUGGAGAGGGUCAAAAAGCUAAUGACGACAUCAUUGUAAACUGGGUGAACAGAACAUUGAGGGAAGCUGGAAAAUCAACUUCCAUUCAGAGUUUUAAGGACAAGACGAUCAGCUCCAGUUUGGCAGUUGUGGAUUUAAUUGAUGCCAUCCAGCCAGGUUGUAUUAACUAUGACCUCGUUAAGAGUGGCAGUCUAACAGAAGAUGACAAGCACAAUAAUGCCAAGUAUGCAGUGUCAAUGGCUAGAAGAAUUGGAGCCAGAGUGUACGCUCUCCCUGAAGAUCUUGUGGAAGUAAAGCCCAAGAUGGUCAUGACCGUGUUUGCAUGCUUGAUGGGCAGGGGAAUGAAGAGAGUGUAAAAUAACCGAUCUGAAUAAAAACAACCUUGCUCCCAGGUGCAUGAUUAGCAGGUCAGCUAUUUCCAAGUUGAAGUGCCCAUGGCUUAAGAAUGUUCGUCAUUUAAAGGACUUUGUAGUUUUGAUUAACAAGACAAGAUCAUCAAAUCCCUCAGGGGAAAGAGUUUCAAUAAAAACAAGUGUUCUUUCCCAUAGUCAGCAUUGGAUUUGUCAGGCACACCUGAAAUGUGCUCAUAGCCAAACCAUUUUACUCUCUCCUCCUAGAUUGCUGCCACUGACAUUUCCUGUUGCUGUAUGUUAUUUCUCUCUAUGUAUCUUUUUCCCUCUUAGAGUGUCCACCUCUUGAGACUUGCUUAGAUGAUUGGAUAUGAAUAUUUUAGAUAGGAAUUUUCCUUUCCAUCCAGUGUGCUAGUUCUUAUUGGAGAACUCUGGUCAGAGGGUAUUUGGAUAUGAGUAUCCUUUGCUUAUCUUUAUAGUACUGGAAAUUUGCAGAAGUAACUGGCUGCGCAGGAUGUAAUAGAAGCUUUUCAUAUUCUUUUAUUCUUAAAAAACAAUAUCUUUUUACAGUAUUCUUUCUACAUGAUCCUUUUUUAUACAUUUAAGAAUAUUUUGAUUACAUUAAACAAGACUGCUGAUUUUGCUACUUUUUUUAAGGGGUCUUCAAGUAAGUAAAAUAAAAAACACAUUUUAGGUAGAGGAAAAAUGUACCUUAAAUUUGCAUCUUCCCACCACCUAAGCUGUAAACAAUUGGUAUAUUUUGUCUUAAAAUACUUGGUUCAAUACAUGCUUCUUUUUGUUAAACCUGUAUUAUCAAGCUCUCUCUUUAAAUUUAAAAUGCUGUUGAAUAUGGUACUUUUCAGGAAAGAGAGUACUCAGAAGUUAGCCAGGAUGCAGUAGGCCAAGUAUGCUAAGUGUACAAAAUUUUUGUAAUUUUACACCUAAAACAAGGAGAUGUGGUCACUAAAAAAUAAAAGUAUAUAUGUAGAACUUAAUGUACUCUUCCUCUGUCAAGCUUUUUGCUAUAGUUUUCAAGAUCAUAAUGUUACUCUAACUCUGAAAAGUGAUGUAAUCGGGUAGCAAUGUAUUAGUUCAAAUAAAGGCAUUUAGAUAAUAAUUAAUCUCUUCUUCAUGCUUCUAUUCCUUGGUAGUAUGCCAAUAAUGUUUGUUACUUAUUUUCUUCAGUAUUUUAAUUCAUUUUUCUGGUGUCUUCUACAAAAUGAUGUUUGUUAUAUUUGAGCUUUUGGAGCUGAAAUGAGGGGCUGAAUUAAGGAUAAUACAAACGGGAUGUGAUGGCUUUCUUUACC